UAUAUCUGCGCAGACGCUAACAACAUCCUCUUUCAGACUGACACGAUGGCGACCACACUGCUUCUGUUUCUCUGUCUGAUGGGAUAUGUACUUGCUAAAGAACCGCCUGAUGUUGAUUGUUAUGUGAAGCAUCUGGAAUAUAUUUACUGUACCUGGAAUAAGAAUGGGAUUCCAGAGGUCAAUUACACCUUCUCCAGCAGGUUCGAAGGUAAAACAGCCAGUGACUGCCCCAGCUAUCUGUCAGAGAACAACAUAAACACUGGAUGCAAAGUGCCCUAUUUGAAUAGUGGUGAUAGGUUCAACAACUUUUACACCAAACUGGUACAUGGAAACCAAAGUUAUGAAAAGAAACAUUAUCUCAAAGAGAAAGUCAAGUUUAAUCCACCCACCAACGUGACUGUCCAGUAUGGAUUGGACUCUAACCUGUGGCUCAACUGGACCCAGAUUUCUCAUUGUGUGGAGAGUGAAGUGCGCUACAGGAUCAACAACAAGGCGUGGGCGACAUAUCCAGUUAGGGCUGAGAUUCAGAAUUACUGCAUCAAUUUGCCCUCCAGUGCCUUGUAUGAGGUACAGGUGAGAAGCAAAUUGGAUUACUACUGUGGAGGAAGUCAAAACUCUUUCUGGAGCGACUGGAGUGAGCCUGAGUUCUGGGGCUCUAACAACAUCCCGGACAUGAACAGCUCAAUGCCUGUGUGGUCUUCAGUGCUGUAUGGGCUGGGAGCUUUCCUCCUCAUCCUACUGGUUAUGAUGUUGCUACACCAUGAAAGAAUCAGAAUCAGAAUCAUCCCUGUUGUUCCCAAGCCAUCCUCAAAACUUCAUAACAUCGAGGAGUGGUUUCAGUUUCCCAAGGGUCUGAAAGGGAAUUUUAACUACAAUGAGCGUCCCUGUGUUGUCCGAGAGUACUGCCAUGUCCCUGAGUCUGACAGCUCCACCUGCUCUGACUGCUCCACCUGCUCCGGCACCACCGACCAAACCGACUGCUCCGUCUCCAUCCCUGUGAACGAAUCCGACCUGCCAACUCCCUGCUCCUCUUCCACCUCCACAGUCUCACCUGAGGAGGAGAGGCAAGUUUCUGUUUAGGAGGCAUGUCAGUCAGGUUCUGAAAACGUUAUAAUCCAGAAUGUAUUUUACUGACAUCUCUCCUCAAAAUGGAUAAAUGAUAUUUGAUUCCCCUUAAGAACAGAGAUAUGUUUGAGGCCCUUACAAUCAAUUUGUCUAAUUAAAAUGAUACAUGUUUAAGAAUACCAAAAACCUGAUGCAGUAGGGACAUACAUACAAAAAUGAAAUCACUCAAGUAACUAAGUGGCAGAUUACUACUUUGAUGUACCAAUGUUUUCUGUACUGCAAAGUUUUCUCUUUUUCUAUCAGUGGUCUAUAUAUUCCGCACCAGGAGAUCAGAUUGAAGUUUCAAUUCUAAAUCAGAAAAAAGGAUAUUUAAACUUCCACUUCCUCUCAUACCUUUCAACCGCUGAUUUAAGCAUGGAUGUUUAAAAACAAAAAGGUUCUUUGCACUUAUUAGUUGCUCCUUACACAAAAGUAUUUUGAAAGACAAUUUUUUUUACAUAACUGAGUUUCAUCAUGUCUUGUCAUCAAUCUAAAAACCCAGCUUCACUAGGAUGAUAUAAUGAAUGUAACCUCAAUGAAGCAUAAAGAAACCCUCAAUAAAAUUACUGAAUGAUCAGGGCACUUACAGUAUGAUCUAAAAAAGUUACAUCACUUGAGAUAUUAUUUCUAAAUAUCUCAUUUCCAUCUCUUGCCUUAAUCAGGUUUAGCAAAAUGGUUUUGAUUUGUAUUGAUAUAUGUGUAACCUUUUGUACAUAUGUAGUGUUUGCAUAAAUAUAAAAUGACCAUAAUUGCUUAAAUCAUCAUGUAAUCCCAACUUUAGUUACUUUUUGAUAGACAUGUCCUUCUUUGGGACACAACCAUAGUAAGAAAUGGGGAGCAAAGCUAUGCCUUAUGCCUUCAGUUUCCUUUGGGGGGGAAUGCCCUUAUUUUCAAGCUAAAGUAGAUUUUGUAUUAUCAUUUGUGUGUUAUAUUCCCAAAAAGUUGAAUGUUUCCUAUCUUAAUAGCUUUGAUAGCAAAUGUUCAAUGUGGUUUGACAUUUUGUAACCAGGUUGUAUUGUAGUCCUUUCUGUCAUAACCUGAUUUAAUAAAAAAAUGAAAAUGCCUUUCA